AUGCCUGUUUCUUACAAAACCACGUUGAAAGAAGACAAUGACCAGAAUUGGGAGUUAAUUCCAGCCAAGGACGGCGUUCCUGCAUACUAUGAAUACCAACAGCGUAUUGAAACAGGUCGUUUGGAUGAUCGUGAAUAUCGUAUUAUUCGCCUAGAGAAUAACCUUGAGGCCGCGAUUGUCCGUGACAAAGACGCCGAAUUAUCUGCGGCUUGCAUGGAUAUUGCGAUUGGAAGUACUAAUGAUCCGGAUGACAUGCCCGGUACUGCUCAUUUUUGCGAGCACUUGAUGUUCAUGGGUUCCGAAAAACACAAACAAGAAAACGGAUUUCAAGAGUACCUGAAUUUGAACAGUGGUGUGUACAACGCUUCUACAACGUACUCGAACACGAAAUUUUUCUUUGAAGUCGAUUCGGACGCACUUCAUGGUGCGCUCGAGCUGUUUUCUGAAUUCUUCUACUGUCCACUCUUUCACAAAGACUCUGCUCUGCGCGAGAUUAAGGCAGUUGAUUCCGAAUAUUCCAAAAAUCGCCAAAAUGACACAUGGAGACUAGCAUAUCUUGACAAUUCCAUUGUGCAUCCGGGACAUCCACUGAAAAAGUUCAGCACUGGGAACAAAGACACAUUUCGAAACUCCUUUCGAAGCAUAGGUUCCUCAAUGCGAGCACGUUCAGAGACAAGUCAAAGUGCCAGAAGUGGAUCACUGUCCAGAACAUCGAGUAGCACACCAAAUAGAUCAAAUCUCCAAGAUGACAGGGCGAGGGCAGAGAAAGAAGCAGCAGCAAAGGCAAAGAAGGAAGCAGAAGAAGCAGCUGCUUUGAAGGCAAGAGAGAGAUUGAUGCAAUGGUGGAAGAAGGAGUACUGUGCAGGCAGGAUGCGCUUGGCAGUAGUUGGGAGAGAUUCCCUUGACGAGCUUACCCGUUCAGUUGUGAACCUCUUCUGGCUAAUAAAAAACACUAAACAGGACCCUGCCCCACUUGUCUCUUCAGACCAGCCUUAUGGGAAAGAAGAGCUGGGUAAAAUUGUGUAUGUCAAAACGAUCGAGGAAAUGUACCAGAUUACUAUCACCUUCCCCAUUCCCUGGCAGGUUCCUCUUUGGCGUGAAAGUCCAACGUACUUUAUUACCCAUCUACUCGGUCAUGAAGGUCAGGGUUCCCUGCAUGCUUACUUGAAGAACAAGGGGUGGAUUAUAAGCUUAGUCGCUGGUGAUGCAAUCCCUGGUCGCGGAAUAAGCCUAUUCAAAGUGUGGAUUGCGCUGACUAAAGACGGUUUUAAAAACUAUCAAGAAGUCAUACUGACAUGCUUCAAGUUUAUCAACCUAUUACACGGAUCCACAUUUCCAGAGUGGAUGCAGAAAGAGCUGAAGAUAAUUCAAGAGAUCUCUUUCCGCUUUGAGGAGAAAGGCCAUGCAGUUCCUCAUGCUUGUAGCAUUGCCACCUCCUCGAUGAGGUUUCCAGCACCACGAGCCCUUCUCCUGAGUGGACCUGUUCUCUUCUGGGAAUGGGAUGAGAAGUCUGUGAGCAAUAUUUUGAAGGGAAUGAAUAUUGAGAAUUGCUAUAUAGUUGUAGCUGCCAAGGAUCACGACCACCUUCAUGGAGAGUCGUGGCAUAAGGAACGAUGGUAUGGGGCAGAGUAUGUUAAGAAGCCGUUUGGAGCCCAGUUCAUUGCCGAUGCUCGCAGAGACAACAAUAUUCCUGAAAUCACUUUGCCAGCACAAAAUCCAUUCCUUCCAGAGAACUUUGAGGUUCAUAAAGUACAUGUUGAACGACCAAGGAAGCGGCCUGUGCUUAUUAAGCGCUCGCCACUGAUGGAAGUAUGGCACAAGAAGGACGAUCAAUUUUGGGUCCCUAAGGCUAUUGUAAUGAUCGCAGCACGAACUCCAAUUGCUGGAUCAUCUCCUAAUCUCCGAGCUUUGACGUUGACACGACUGUUUGUAUAUCUUGUAGAAGAUGCACUCGCCGAAUAUUCUUAUAACGCAAACGUCGCCAACUUAGGAUAUAAUAUCCAAAGUGCUGCCACAGGAUUCAAAAUAACAAUCGGCGGCUUCAAUGAUAAACUGCAUGUUCUCGCUGAGGCAGUCCUUAGAAAAAUUAGACACCUCGAGAUCCGAAAGGACAGGUUGAAGAUUGUAAUUGAACAAGCAGAACGUAAUUUGAAUAAUUUAGACUUGCAAGAUCCCUCUGACCUUUCAAUCCGUUACCUAAACUAUCUGGCAGAUGACUAUGAAUUCAGAAAAGAAGAGGAACAAGAAGUGCUGAAAGGUAUUACCGUUGCAGAACUUUCUAAACAUGUGGACGAGUUACUGUCCGAACUGAAAUUCAUAGUUCUGGUCACUGGCAAUCUUGGAAAGGAGAGAGUGUUGCACUCUAAACCGGUAGCAGAAGACAAGCUUCCAAAACUACGUACACGUCUUCUUCGCAAAGAUACGCAGGAUGCAACAGGAUGCAAUUACGUCUGGAAACUACCUGUUCCUAACACAAGAGAAGCUAAUUCGAGCAUUGCCUAUUAUUGUCAUGUCGGCAAUUAUUCUGACCCACGUACUCGCGUGACAUGUUCUUUGCUCUCUCAAAUCUUGGAUGAGCCAACAUUUGAUUUUCUUCGUACGAAAGAACAGCUCGGAUACAAUGUAUAUUCUGAGAUGGUCGCAGACAUUGAGUCCAUUGGAUGGCGUCUAGUGAUCCAGUCUGAAAUGGCCUCGGAAUAUCUCGAAUCGCGUAUCGAAGCAUUCCUGAGGUAUAUGCGCAAGAUAAUCCGGGGCAUGUUAGUCGAGAAACUCGACGAACAUAAGAGAUCACUCGGGAGAAUAUGGACAGCGAAGGUUAAACAUGUUCCUCAAGAGACAGCGACGUUCUGGUCUUCAAUCGCCAGCGGGUACUACGAUUUCGAGAGAAGCGAAACGGACGCAAAACUUCUUCGUGAUGUAUCGUUGUCAGAUGUCCGUACAAUGUUUGAGAGGUGCCUCGACCCGUCAUCGGAAAAACGUUGCAAACUUUCAGUACAUAUGCACUCUAAAAGGCCACCCAAAUCUCCUGGAGAACCAGCUCCCCCAAAUGUCAGCAGACGCACUGCUCAGGAGUUCUUGAGUUUGCUGAAGAAGGAGGGCAUCUUUGUUGACGAAAAGGAGUACAACUCAAUGUGUGAGGUUGAAGUGACUGUGCCUGAAAUGCAUGAAUACUUGGAGAAGACGAGCUUGAAUGACCUACUCAAGAGAAAUCAUGAUAAAGUGAAGGACCUAUUCGGAAAGUUGAAUUCACUAGUGAAGAAGUAUCCAGCCAAGCCCGCGUUAGAAGCUGAACAUAUACAUGAUGGUGCUAAGUUUAAACAAGGUCUUCACCUGUCUGAUCUUGCGAAACCAGUUGAAAAAUUUAAAGUAGAAUAG